AUGGCAAGCACGAGUUGGGCUGCCAAAAUGCACGCGACGACGCUGACAAGGUUGGCAGAUAAGCUGAGCAGAUUCGCCUGCGAAUUCUCGCCAUCGGCGAUAAUGGCGCCGCCGCACCAAGACGUUGAGCUUGCAGAGGCUUGUAGGUUUUCCGUCUAUGCUGGCUUCAGCUCUGCCCUCCUGAUGCUCUCUCCCGAUAGAGACAACGAGAACGAAUCAUUAUCAUCAUCAUACGCGUCAUCAAGCUCACGUAUCACCGCCGCCGCCGACGAGGUGCUGGACGAUCCACCGGCGGAGGACAAGGAGACGACCCUCCCGUGCGUCGCGUUCCCGUCGCAGCACGGGCACCCGUCCCGCCUCGUCGAUCCGUUCACCGGCGAGUCCACGCCGCUCCCGGACCUGCCCGUCCCACUCUGGUACAAGGAGCCAUCGUCGGUGUGCAAGCCCGAGGCGCCGCGCGUGCAGGGCCGCCGUCGCGCGGUGCCGCCCACCGACGAUGGCUUCGCGUGGGACCGGUCACCGCGCGGCGUCAUGAUCGCGCGGGGCGACACGGUGUUUUUCUGCGAGGGCGGCGGCGGCGAGUGGAUGACACUGUACCGGUCGACAACCGCGUCGGGCAUGACCGUGAACUACCGCGGCGGCUUCUUCUUCGUCCUCCAACAGCGCACUCUGGUCACCACGGUCAUCGACGCGAGGACCCUCGAGAAGGUCGCGGAUAUCUGGCCGCCGCUUGGCGACGACGACGACGCCGUCGACUGCAUCCACCUGGUCGCCUCAACGGACGACGUCUUCUUGCUUGUCCACCGCGCAAGGGACAUGGAUUGUGAGCUGUUCUCCGAGGUGUACCGUGCCAGGCACAAGAAACCAAAGCCGGAGUGGUCCAAGCACCAAACUGGGUGUCCAAUUGCAUUCGCGUGUGUCCACUUCCAUCUCAGAUCCUCCUUUCUCGCUGAGCAGUUGAUCGGGUUCUGUCAAUUGGCAUCGGAGCGGAGGUUAGCCGUCAACAUGUCCAAGUCGCCGUCGGAGAAGAAGACGGCGGCUGGAGAUGGCACCAGCGAGAAAAAGGACGGGAUCGAGUUCGCAACGCCACCGACGUUCGACGACACACUCGACGCGGACGUGGACGACUCCGCGCUGCAGCGCUACCGGCGUGUUGAUGACAUCCUCGGCGGCGCCACGGAACCUGGGUAUACACCUCGUGAGCUUGUGUUUGAUGAGCUCCAUGCAGUCACAGCGGAGGAGCUCGGAUCAUCCUCCUUUCUCGCUGAGCAGUUGAUCGGGUUCUGUCACAAGGUGACCGACAUCGGCGACCGCGCGCUGUUCGUUGACAGGUUCCAUGGCUUCUCGGUGGGCGUAGGCGGUGAGGACACCGCCGGCGGGGUAAAGAGGAACUGCGUCUACACGAUCAGUGCUACACCGGUGGAAGACCCGCAAGGGCGCCGCAUUGUGGUGUACAACGUGGAAGAGUUUCACUUGGAUAGACCGGAAGUGGGAGGGACGCUACAGUGUGAGCUGGGAGGCAGCCAAGUUGAGCAAUUGUGGGGAGAGCCGUAUUGGAUGAUCCCAAUGUCCAGAGAGGAUCCAUAG